AUGUUUCCAUACGGAGCCGCGCCCGAGGAGUCCACCGUGCGCCCAUUGGCGGAUGAGGACCAACAGUUACUUCUCGGACUUGUUCACAAAUAUGGAGCUUCGAGUGUUUUGUACGCCUUGACCGGCUAUGGAGAACCAUCUCGCGCAUCUGCGUUUUCUGCAAACACACUUCUAAGCAGCGCGAGCGCGUCUUCAAUAGCAUGGACUAACUCAGAGGCGGCCUCACAAUGCCGAUCAGAUGAAGCCUCCAUUCACACUUCAUACACUUGGCCCGAUGUUCAGAACGACAUUCAACCAGUGCAUGAUGGAGAGGCUAACAAAGGGACCGAGCGAUCAUGGCUCGACUCGCCCGUAGCAGUUCCGUCUCCGAUGAUUCAGCCUCACGACGUUACAUCACACCCAUCUCCGCGAUUAGUAACACCAACCUCCAAAAAGUAUCAGUGUCCUAUGUGCUAUUUGGAUAACAGCCCCGUCGGCUUUGGCCGAAAGAGUGAUUUCAAGAAGCACCUUCACAACUUCCAUGGAGCCGACGUCGUCUGGAUUUGCCGAACUAAAGGAUGCCAUUUAUCUUUCUCAACUGAGCGUGCUUAUGGUACUCAUGCGAAGGAAGCUCACAGAAUGAAAGCGCUCCCUAAUAGCGCUGCUCGGACGGAGAUGUGCCCGCAGCUUGUCUUUGCUUGUGGAUUUUCCAACUGUCGCGACCGGCUGUUCGAGGCCCAUAGCCCCGAAGAUGCCUCGGCAACACGCGAUAAGCAUUUCGAGCAUAUUGCCAAACACUUUGAAGACGGGUUCGACGUUGCCAACUGGGAGUACCGGGUGCAGAUGCAGAAUCUUAUGCGACAGAAGCAGGUGAAACAAAUCUGGAAAACGUGCGUAUGGCCCAAGGAAAAACGACAACAGCUUCACUGGCGAGCCAGAUCUUCUGGAGAUUUGAAGCGUAUACUUGAGUGCCGCCACCUGGGGACCAACAUCUCCAGCCUCGUCAGACUGGCUUUCAUUCUGGGCACUCCUCCGUUCACAACCAACACCACUCCGCCGCCGAACGAAAUCGACGCCUACUUUCAACUUCCCUACAGGAGUCAAUGCUUAUUAGAGUCAUCCGGUCACUCGACCCUGCCAAGCACCGCUUCAAAACCGGAGGAGGGCUCGCCUACGCUUAGCGUCCCCAAGAGUCGCUCAGGCAUCACGAGCAUCCCUCAAACUAUGCUCAAGCUCUCCAGCCGCUCACUGAAACGGGGUACGCGACCGUCAACACCCGCAAGUGUCAUGAGUAAUAGCGGCGAUACAAUCAUGGGAGACGAUUUAGCGGCUGGCCCGCACCCGGGAACUCCAUUCCCCAUCCCCAAUGAGACUGUUUGGCCGGCGGAUGCUCCAAAGUUCGCUCCGGAUAUUCCGACCUCCAUGCCAAAGCAGAUGAAUAGCACGGCCGAUACACCGAUCUUUGAUCAUCAACAGCUACAGCAUCAGCAGCACCCGCAGCAGCACCCGCAGCAGCAGCUGAUGUACACCAUGCCGCCACAGGACCCUUCACAGCAAGCAUGGAUGGCCAUGGACCAGCAGAUUCCGACAUACCAAACACAACAGCAAAUUUUUCCAGAACAGCCGGAUAUGAUGAAUGGGCUUUACGAUUACUCGAUGAACACGAGCCAAGCGUCCACGAUGCGGCCAGGAACGCCAACACCACAUAAACGACCAGCAUCGUGGAGCCGAAUGAUUAGCAUGGAGAACCUCCGACCAGCUAAGAAGUCGACACCUGAUACGCCACCACCCGGUAUGAUCAUGGGUAUGUAA